UCUCCUGCCUCAGCCUCCUGAGUAGCUGAGGGCCUCUCUUUUAACCUUCAUGAGGGCGGAGUCCUACAGAGAGACUAACUUCUCUGCUCUGUCACUUCCAGAGAAGCUGCCAUUCAUUGAGCUGCACUCACACAUGCGGGUACAGACUGUGAAAAAGGAAUUGGCAACACUGAAACCUCUAGAAUAAAGGCUGUCACUAAGGUCCCGCUGACUAGAUGGAUUAUACACUUGACCCCAGUGUGACAAUGACCGACUACUACUACCCUGAUAGCUUCUCAAGCCCCUGUGAUGGGGAACCUAUCCAGCGAAAUGGCAAGUUGCUCCUUGCUGCCUUUUAUUGCCUCCUGUUUAUAUUCAGUCUUCUGGGAAACAGCCUGGUUAUCCUGGUCCUCGUGGUGUACAAGAAGCUGAGGAGCAUCACAGACAUAUACCUCUUAAACCUGGCCCUGUCUGACCUGCUUUUUGUCUUCUCCUUCCCCUUUCAGACCUAUUAUCAGCUGGGUGAGUGGGUGUUUGGGACUGUAAUGUGCAAGGUGGUGUCUGGCUUUUAUUACAUUGGCUUCUUCAGCAACAUGUUUUUCACCACCCUCAUGAGUGUGGACAGGUACCUGGCCAUUGUCCGUGCCGUGUAUGCCAUAAAAGUGAGGACGAUCAGGAUGGGCACAGUCCUGAGCCUGGUAGUAUGGCUAACCUCUAUUAUGGCUACCAUCCCACUGCUAGUGUUUUACCAAGUGGCCUCUGAAGAUGGUGUUCUACAGUGCGAUUCAUCUUACAAUCAACAGACUCUGAAGUGGAAGAUCUUCACCAACUUUGAAAUGAACAUCUUAGGCUUGUUGAUCCCCUUCACCGUCUUUACAUUCUGCUACAUUAAAAUUCUGCACCAGCUGAAGAGGUGUCAAAACCACAACAAGACCAAAGCCACCAGGCUGGUGCUCAUUGUGGUCAUUGCAUCUUUACUUUUCUGGGUCCCAUUCAACAUGGUUCUUUUCCUGGCUUCCCUGCACAGCAUGCGCCUCUUGGGUGGAUGUGUCAUGAGCCAGCAGCUGAUUUAUGCCACCCAUGUCACAGAAAUCAUUUCCUUUACUCACUGCUGCGUGAACCCUGUUAUCUAUGCUUUCAUGGGAGAGAAGUUCAAGAAACACCUCGCAGAAAUAUUUCAGAAAAGCUGCAGCCAUAUCUUCCUCUACCUAGGAAGACAGACACCCAGGGAGAGCUGUGAAAGGUUGUCAUCCUGCCAGCAGCAUUCCUCCUAUUCCUCCAGCAUAGACUACAUUUUGUGAGGAUCAGUGAAGACUAAAUAUAAAACCUUUUUCUUGAAUGGCAUGCUAGUAGCAGUGAGCAGAGGUGUGGGUGUGAAAGGUUUCCGAAGAAAAGUGCAGCAUCAAGGAUGCCAUAUAUGUUGUUGCCAACACUUGGAACACAACGACUAAAGACACAGUUGUGCAUGCCCGGCACAACCUCGAGCCUGUGAUUGUGUUUAUUGAUGAUGCUGAACAAGUGAUAACUUUGCUUUUUUUUUUGAGACGGAGUUUCACUCUUGUUACCCAGGCUGGAGUGCAAUGGCGCAAUCUCGGCUCACCGCAACCUCCGCCUCCUGGGUUCAGGCAAUUCUCCUGCCUCAGCCUCCUGAGUAGCUGGGAUUACAGGCACGCGCCACCAUGCCCAGCUAAUUUUUCUAUUUUUAGUAGAGACGGGGUUUCACUAUGCUGACCAGGAUGGUCUCGAUCUCUUGACCUUGUGAUCCACCCGCUUCGACCUCUCAAAGUGCUGGGAUUACAGGCGUGAGCCACCGCGCCCGGCAACUUUGAAGGAUUCUGUACGCCAAACAAAAAAAAAAGUCUGACCCCCUUACAUAAGCAAAAACAUACCCUCAGAGCCUGUCAGUAGGCUGGAAGAAGAGGAUACUGAAGCUUUUGACAUCAAUGCUGAAGCUCCAGUUGUUCAUGCAGUGACUGAUGGUGAGAAAGCUGAAGUGGUUCUGAAUCGAGGUGACUGGGAUUACAGUGACAACGGAGAUGCUGCUGUUAACUGCAGAAAGAGUGCCUGUAGAUGACAUGGCGAAAUAUGCGACGGGCUCACGGAGGGCUAGAGCAGCAUGCAUUCAUAACAGGACGAGAAGCGAUGUUGGCUUACAAAACCAGAGGGAGACUUCUAGACGAAAACCACCGUUGACGGGCAGAUGCCUCUGGUGGAGACAUUGAAAAGCCAUCCAGCAGAAUGCCUCAUCCUCCCUGGAGGACCCGCUUUCUGAUCCCUCAGCUGUGUCUGGUGUUU